UGUUUUUUUUUUUUUUUGCAACCAUUUGCCUCUUGCACUGGGCCUAGGGAAGCGGCGGUGGGUGCGUGCAGGGGGGGCCCGGCUGCCUGGCCCCCCAGUGAAUACAAUAAACAAUAAUCAUCCUUCCAGGGGGCGAGAGAGGCGUUUCCCUCGGAGCAUGGGCGGACUGAGGCCGGGAGGCGGCGGCGGGGUCGGUGUUGCAAGAAGACCCCUUGGCAGCAGAUGGGAUUGGUGCCUUAUUUGAGGGUCUCCUGGGCAGUCCCGCUCCCCAGUUGUGCUGCUGUCGGGGGGAAGAGGGGGGAGGAAGUUGCAUUGAUUAUUUUUGCCGCUGCUUUGCUCUCCCGGAUUCCCACACACCGAGGCGGUUUUUAAAUCUGGAGGAUUAUGCAUGGAAAAUCGCCCCCUCCCUCUAAGGAACCAACCCGUGCCGACAGCUAGCUCCCCCGGGGCUGGCCUGCAAUUGUGCCUUAACUUGUGCGUGUGUGUGGGGAGGGGAGCGGAGCUGUUUUUCUUGCGUUUGAUUCCCCCCCCCCUCUUUGGUGGGGAAUCAGUGAUCAUCUGGGAUUUCCACCUCCAGCAAGUCAAUCCUGCCCCGACGGCUGGAUUUCCUCCCGCUGCAUGGGGAGAAGCGGCGAGCUGGUGAAGAACUCUCGGGCUUGGUUUUUAUUAUUAUUUGGGGGGCAGUUGCUUUGAGCCCCGGCCCGGCUUGUGUGUGCCUUCUACGCUGCCCCUCCCCCGCUCCCUGCCUUUGGAAAUUGGGAUGCUACCAAGUGAGUUUCAGGCGACGCUGACACUUCGCUCCGUGGGCUCGUGAUCCUGGAAGUGGGUUGAAAAUAUUGCUGCACAACUCACCUUGGAGGAAUUGUCAAUCUCUCUCUCCCCCCCCUUCAAAGAACAGAAGCCUGGGAUCUAGUGUUGUUUCGUUACUAAACAAAAGUGGGGACAACUGCCUGGUAUUUGCAGGGCCACAAAACCAUGUCUGCUAAAGAGAACCCCUGCAGGAAAUUUCAAGCCAACAUUUUUAAUAAAAGCAAAUGUCAAAAUUGCUUUAAGCCUCGGGAAUCCCAUUUGCUCAAUGAUGAAGAUUUAAACCAGGCAAAGCCCAUCUAUGGCGGUUGGCUGCUACUGGCACCAGAAGGGACGGACUUUGACAACCCUGUGCACCGUUCCCGGAAAUGGCAGCGCCGGUUCUUCAUCCUCUACGAACAUGGCCUGCUGCGCUACGCCCUGGACGAGAUGCCCACGACCCUCCCCCAGGGCACCAUCAACAUGAACCAGUGCACGGAUGUUGUGGAUGGGGAGAGCCGGACGGGGCAGAAAUUCUCCCUGUGCAUCCUGACUCCUGAGAAAGAGCACUUCAUCCGAGCUGAGAACAAGGAGAUCAUCAGCGGGUGGCUGGAGAUGUUGAUCGUCUACCCGAGGACAAACAAGCAGAAUCAGAAGAAGAAGAGGAAGGUAGAGCCCCCAACCCCGCAGGAACCUGGCCCCGCUAAGAUGGCUGUGACCAGUAGCAACAUUCCUAAUGCAGAGAAGGUCCCCACUACCAAGUCCACCCUCUGGCAAGAAGAAAUGAGGGGCAAAGAUCAACCAGAUGGGAACAGUAGCAUCAGCCCAGCCCAGAGCCCCAUGCAGAGCCAGGCCAUGCCUGCCAGCUCCUUGAAGGAACCUGUGUUGGAAAGCAAAGAAGAUGAGAGCUCCAUGAAUGGCGACCGGAUAGACUGUGGGCGGAAGGCGCGUGUUGAGAGCGGUUACUUUUCCUUGGAGAAGACCAAGCAAGACUCCAAGUUGGAAGAGCAGCACUUGCCACCUCCACCGUCCCCUCCCAGCCCCAGCACCCCGAACAACAGGUACAGUUACCCCAAAUCACCCUCCCAGGAGCACAGCCACCCCUUUCCUUCCCCAGGUACCAGCUCAAACAACCGAAUGGUUUCCAGCUUCUCACUGAACUCCCUGGAUUCAAAGAGUACUUACCCCACGUACAAGGACUCCAGCAGCAGAGACGGGGGAAGGGGAGCAGAAAGAACGGACCGCUCCCUUUCCUUCAAAGCCAGUCGGCAGUACGCCACCCUGGCCGAUGUUCCCAAGGCCAUUAGGAUCAGUAACCGGGAGGCCUUCCAGGUGGAGAGGAAACGGCUGGAGCAGAGGACCCGGGCCCGCAGCCCUGGAAGGGAAGAGGUGGCCCGGCUCUUUGGCAACGAGAGACGGCGGUCCCAGGUAAUUGAAAAAUUUGAGGCAUUAGAUAUAGAGAAUGCAGAGCAUAUGGAAACCAAUGCGUCCGCAGGCCCCUCCCUUUCCAGCGAGACACGUCAGGGCAGGAGCGAGAAGAGGGUUUUCCCCAGGAAACGGGACUUCACCUCUGAAACUGCAGCAGUAGGAUCCAUCCUGGAAGUCUCAGCUUCCCCUUUGUCUCCACACCGUAGAGCAAAAUCACUGGAUAGAAGGUCCACUGAGUCCUCCAUGACGCCGGACCUGCUGAACUUCAAGAAGGGAUGGCUGACGAAGCAAUACGAGGAUGGGCAGUGGAAGAAACACUGGUUUGUGCUGACGGAUCAGAGCCUGAGAUACUACAGGGAUUCCGUGGCAGAGGAGGCAGCUGAUUUGGAUGGAGAAAUUGAUUUGUCUACAUGCUAUGACGUCACGGAAUAUCCAGUUCAGCGAAACUAUGGCUUCCAGAUCCAUACUAAAGAAGGGGAAUUCACCCUCUCUGCCAUGACCUCUGGGAUUAGACGAAACUGGAUCCAGACGAUCAUGAAGCACGUUCGCCCCACCGCCGCUCCAGAUGUGACCAGCUCCUUGCCAGAAGAGAAAAGCAAAACCAGCUCUUCCUUUGAGACCUGUCCAAAGCCAAGUGAGAAGCAGGACUCGGACCAAGCUGAGAUGGAUCCUGAGCAGAAGCGGAGCCGUGCCCGGGAGCGCAGGCGAGAGGGGCGCUCCAAAACCUUUGACUGGGCUGAGUUCCGCCCCAUUCAGCAAGCCUUGGCGCAGGAGAGAGCCACUGCUGCAGAGCCCUCAAAGAGCAGCUCUACGGCCUUCCCCAGGGAACCCAGCGCUCCGGACGCAGACCCCGGGGAGCUGGAACGGGAGCGUGCUCGGCGGAGAGAGGAGAGGCGCAAGCGCUUUGAGAUGAUCGAUGCUGUUGAUGGGGCAGGCCCAGAGGACGUGUUGAGGAUGGAGGUGGACAGGAUCCCAGGCCUGCCUGUCACAGGGGAGGUGAAGCCACAGAACGUUCAUGUGGAGAUCGAGCAGCGAUGGCACCAGGUGGAGACGACCCCUCUACGGGAGGAGAAGCAAAUCCCCAUCAUGCCCCUGCACGUGGCCCAACCGGAUGACAGAGACGACGGGAUCCACAAGCAGCAGCUAACCUCACUGCUGGAGAAGGAGUUGGAGCAGAGCCAGAAGGAGGCAUCAGACCUCCUCGAGCAGAACCGGGUCCUGCAGGGCCAACUGAAGGUGGCACUGGGCCGGGAGCAGAGUGCCAGGGAAGGCUACGUGUUGCAGACCGAGGUGGCAGCCUCACCAUCGGGUGCCUGGCAGAGGCUCCAUAAAGUCAAUCAAGACCUCCAAAGUGAGCUGGAAGCCCAGUGCCAGCGUCAGGAGCUAAUCAAUCAGCAGAUCCAGUCACUGAAACGUAGCUAUGGUGAGGCAAAGGAUGUGAUCCGGCACCAUGAAGCCGAGAUUCAGAGCCUUCAGGCAAGGCUCAGUAAUGCUGCAGCUGAGCUAUCCAUCAAAGAGCAAACUCUGGCCAAGCUGAAGAGUGACUUAAAGAGUGAGAAGGAGAAAGCCAAAGAGCAGCUGGAGGAGUGGCAGCACAGCGAGACCACUCUGAGCUCCCAGUUAAAAGCCAGUGAGCAAAAGCUAAAGAAUGCAGAGGCAUUGCUGCUGGAAAAGACACAGGAGCUGAGGGAUCUUGAAAUGCAACAGGCAUUGCAAAGGGACCACCAGAAAGAAGUGCAGCGGCUCCAGGACAGGAUUGCAGACCUGAGCAGGCAGCUGAACGCUAGUGAACAGGCUCGGAUCCUAAUGGAGGAGAAGUUGCAGAAGAAUUAUGAGGCUUUGUUGGAAAGCUGUGAGAAGGAAAAGCAGGUUUUAAUACAGAGUCUGAAGGAGGUGGAGGAUAAGGCCAGCGAGUACGAGAACCAGCUUCAAAACAACGAGCAGCAGAUGGAAAUUCUUCAGAAAGAGAAACUGAACGCAAAAUUUGAAGGCAGCGAGAUUGUCCACCAGCUAGAGGAGCAACUGGAGAUGAAGGAGGCCAGCAUCCAGAAGCUUGCUGAGGACAUCAAGGAACUUGAAGGGGAGAGAGAUCAGAUCAAAUGUAGGUUCCAAGAGCUGAUGAAUCAGGUUGAAGAGUCCGAUAAUGAAGUUGCCAAGCUUCAAGCAAAGUUGAAAAUGGAGGAGACCAACUAUGAUCAGCUGGAGCAAUUGUACGAGAAAGUAUCAGAUCAGUUCCAGAGCGUGCAGAAGGUGCUGGAAGAAAAAGAGGAAGAGCUGAGACACGUUAAGGAAACGCACUUGAGAAUUGUUGAAAAGAAAGAUCAAGAUCUCAAUGAGGCUUUGGUUAAAAUGGCAGCUUUGGGCAGCAGUUUAGAGGAAACCGAAGUAAGGCUACAGGCCAAAGAAGAGGUUUUAAAGAAGUUAGCUAAUGUGGACUCAGUACCAUGUGCUAAAGAGAGAGAGGACUUCUGCAUUGAGGCUGAUGAAAGUCACAUUUCAGACAUGCCAGCUCCUGAGGGGCUUACAGGUUUGAAUUAUGCACUAAAGGAGGAGGAUGCUGAACGUCCUGAGACCAGCCAGAGACAGGCUGGUGAGCAUACCGUGUUGAAUGCCGAAGAACUUAGGUCUCUGUUGAAGACUACAGAGCUUCAAGACCGAGAGUUACAGCAGAAAGCCUUAACGAAGCCUGAUAUAGGAACCCUAGGUGCCAAAAGGCAAAGAAUCCGCUUCUCAAACAUCCAGUGUCAAAAAUACAUCCAUUCAGAUGGGUCGGAGAAAAAUUGGACUAGUAGCACGUCUUCAGACACAAGCCAGGACAGAUCACUGUCUGAGGAAAGCAUGUCAUCAGAACCAGUUCUUGGUUACCCAGCCUCAGGAACCAGUGACUCUGAGACUUAUCUCUCAAUCAUCCAUUCCCUGGAAACCAAACUUUACAUCACGGAGGAAAAGCUCAAAGAUGUGUCCAUGAAGCUUGAAAGCCAGCAAGGCCAUAACCAGGAAACCCUGAUAGCCCUCCACCAUCAGUGGGCCAGCACAGAGUCCCAGCUUAGGGAACAGCUCCAAGCUAGCUUAUCCGAAGUUGGUGCUCUGGUUUCACAGCUGGAAAAUGAGAGACAGGAAAAGUUCAGAAUGAUAAAAAAUCAUGUCAAUGAGCUGGGAGACUUCCAAGUGAAAAAUGAUCAAACCCUGAUCUGUUUAGAAAAAUGCAGAGAACAGCUAAGGGCUUUACCCAAAUCUGACAAGGAGAAAGAGAGAGAGUUGUUUCUUACCACUCUGUCCAGCAUGGAAACCACCUUGUCAAAUGCAGUCCAGGUCUUGCAAGGGACACCCAUCUCCUCGGAUUAUCAGCCGAGCGAAAGCUGUGUGGCUCAAACUCCACCUGCAGAAGAGAGUUUGCUGGAGGAACAGAAACUCAUUUCGCAGCAGCAGCAAGUUGAAAUGUCUGAUGGAGACCAGUUAAGAUUGCUUUCUGAGAGGAUAGCAUUUGAAGCCUCCCUGAUCAACCAAAUAGCAGAAUCUUUGAAAAAUGCAAGCUCAGAGAUUUCCCAGAUUCUCAGAGAGAUUCAUGGGACAGCUGAGGUGGUUUUUUUAGAGCCGGCAAAUGUGUCGCACACAGCAAUUGCCUUGGCCAACAUCUUAUCUAAGAAGCUGCUACUGGAAGGUGAAUUUUGGAGCCAGGUGGAAGAAUUGAGAAAGCACUUAGGCACCAGAGAAGAGGCGGUAGAAAGCAAAACAGAAGCAGUUAGUUUUAGUUUUCCCCAAUGCCUUGUCCAAACAGUAGCUGAUGCUACGUUGAUCAGGGCAGAACUUGGUUUUGUUGCACAGAAGAUGCGAGAGUCUUUUCAUCAGAGGUUAAAAACAAUUGAAGAAGACCUCCACAAUACCAAAACAGCUCUCCAGCAACAUAAAUGCAUGUUGGAGGAAAUCAUCAAAGCAUACAGGACCUCUGAAUUUGACAGGGUUAUGCAUCAAAUUUCUGAAGCACUUGAAAUCCAAAAGGAUGCUUCAGAAAGAACCCAAACCUCUUGGGAUAGGAGCCACCUCAAGGUGAUGCCAUGUCAAGAUUCAGCCAAGAUGAUGCAGGCCCAUGGUUUGCCAGACCACAGUAGUGAAGCUCUUGUUGCCAUUCAAGAAGACCUUGCCCAACAACUAAAAGAAAAAGCAAAUGUUCUUAAAGAAAUAUCUGUUGCCUUACUAUCCUUGUCCCCUGAGGAAGCCAUACGCGAUUGCCAGAAGCUCCUAAAAAUUUCUCAAAGUCUUUCAUAUCAUACAUGCAUGGGAGAUCUUGAGCGCUAUUCAUCAUUGUUAGUUCAAGAUGCAAUUAUCCAGGCUCAGGUUUGUUAUGGGGCUUUCAAAGUUAGACUCGAGUAUGAAAGGGAGCUAAAGUUUUACAAAGAGUCUUUGCAAAACAUGGAUGCUCUGUGUCAAGAGCGCGUAAAGACCGUGUCCGCCCUUCGUGAGGAGUAUGAAGACUUGCUUCGAAAGCAGCAGAGUGAAUAUGCCGAGAUGAUCGCCAUCAUUGAAAGAGAGAAUGUAGACCUUAAGGCAAAAGUCUCUCAGCUGGACAAUCAGCGGAGGCUCUUGGAAGAAGAAGAGCACAAACACAGCAAAAACUUACGCGAGUUACAAGGCAGGUAUGAGGAGGAGAUGCAAAAUGUGAUUGAGCAGUUGAAUAGGACAGAGGACACUCUGAAGGCAGAGAGAACAGAGGGCCUAAAUCAACUUGAUGCCAUCGUCCGAGAUAAGCAAAACAUGGAGACGUAUCACCUUGAGCAAAUGCAAAUGUUGGAGGAAAAGUUCCAGGCCAAGAUAAAGGAACUACAAACCAUCCACAAUGAGGAACUGCAUACUUUGCAGGAGCAUUACAACCAGAACCUGCAGUGCUUACAGGAAACACUAGACAAUUACCAGAGGCAGCACCCAGAAGCCUUGCCUUCUGAAGGGUCUGAAACCAGUGACGGGAAUGAGUGGGCAACAGAUCAGCCCGAGGGUGGGAUGCAGGUCUCCGAGAGCGAGUUAAACUCCAUGCACGGUUUGAGAGAGCGCAUUCAAGAGCUGGAGGCCCAGAUGAAUGCCAUGAGGGACGAGCUGGAGAACAAGCACGUGGAGGGGAAUGCUUCAGCACUGAGGGAAAAAUACCAGAAAGACUUUGAGAACCUGAAGGCGACAUGUGAACGUGGGUUUGCGGCCAUGGAAGAGACGCAUCAGAAGAAGAUUGAGGAUCUGCAGAGGCAGCACCAGCGGGAACUGGAGAAACUGCGGGAGGAGAAAGAUCGCCUGCUAGCGGAAGAAACAGCCGCUACCAUCUCGGCCAUCGAAGCCAUGAAGAACGCCCACCGCGAGGAGCUGGAGAGGGAGCUGGAGAAGACCCAGCGCUCCCAGAUCAGCAGUGUCAACUCGGAUAUUGAGGCCCUCAGGAAGCAGUACUUGGAGGAGCUGCAGUCGGUCCAGCGGGAACUGGAAGUCCUUUCGGAGCAGUACUCCCAGAAGUGCUUGGAGAACGCUCAUUUGGCCCAGGCCCUGGAGGCUGAGAGGCAGGCCCUCCGCCAGUGCCAGCGAGAGAACCAGGAGCUCAAUGCACACAAUCAGGAGCUGAAUAACCGCCUGGCUGUGGAGAUCACACGGUUACGGACCGGGGAGGGAGGGGGAGAGGCUGCUGGCUCGCCUCUCACGCAGGGCAAGGAUGCCUAUGAGUUAGAGGUCCUAUUACGGGUCAAGGAAUCAGAAAUCCAGUACCUGAAGCAGGAGAUCAGCUCCCUCAAGGAUGAGUUGCAGACGGCACUGCGGGAUAAGAAAUACGCCAGUGACAAGUACAAAGACAUCUACACGGAGCUGAGCAUCGUGAAGGCCAAGGCAGACUGCGACAUCAGCAGGUUGAAAGAGCAGCUGAAGGCAGCCACAGAAGCGCUGGGCGAGAAAUCCCCUGAGAAUACCACUGUGUCGGGAUACGAUAUCAUGAAAUCAAAAAGCAACCCUGACUUCUUGAAGAAAGACAGAUCCAGUGUUAGCCGGCAACUAAGGAAUAUCAGGUCAAAGAGUCUGAAGGAAGGCCUGACCGUGCAAGAACGCUUGAAGCUCUUUGAAUCCAGGGACUUGAAGAAAGACUAGUUCUCCCCCUUCAGCUUGAACACCUCCCAGCUUGCGAUCGCACGGCACGAGCACCGCGUGUUCCUAGUUCCUUAUGAUCCUCUGUGCUGUUGUUCGUCUCGAUGCUCCCGAUCGGACUGAGUGCGGCUGGCGGUUCUUCCCGCCCCUGGCACCUUGACUCCACAGCUCCUUUCCCCGCAUCGCGAGAUGCUUCAGAGACUCCGCGAGGGAGAGGAGGGGAUGGAGUUCUGCCCCCUUUGGCUCCUUCCUUCACUGUAAACCAUUACACUAAGUGUCAGUAUUAAGGCUCAGCAGCCUAUCGAUAAGCUAGCUCUGUCAUACCGACUGCUUUGGUUUAGAAUGGCCUGGCUGGCAUAGGCCAGACCCAGCGCUACAGCUGUUUGAGUGACCCCGGUGCUCAGUCACACACCGUGAGCCCGUCCUCUGAGCUUGCGUUCCUUGCACCUCCGGGGAAAAGCCUGUGGUCAAAACGUCAGGAAAGGCAGGUCCGUUUGUGUCGGAAGCAGCCCCAUCCAUCAGGUGUGUGCUUGGGUCACAGCACCAACAGCCCGCCAGCUGCCGGAGAAAAAUGAGGGGAGUCUGCUGGGAGGGUGGCCAGGGUUUGGGCUCCGUUCUCCCAACCCACAGCCCCAGCAGGUCUCGGCCUUGGCUUGUUUUCAGGCUGUUACAGCCAGAGCGUUACAGAUGUUAGUUAAACGCAGAUUUCAACAAAACCUGCCCCGAAGGCCCAUCUCCUCUCUUCCUAUCAUGCCCGUGCCCUGAGUAAUGUGCUUCCAGGGACCGAGCUGCAGGGCCUGUCUACCCAAAUCCAUCCCAGCUACAGCCAGCCCCCUCCAGCCACUCUCCCCUUCUUCCCAUCAACCACUGGGUGUGAGAGCUUCCCUGCCCCGUUCUGAGGGGGGAAGACAGAGCCCACGCUGGCUGCGAACACACACAGCUCAGUCCAAAGGCAGCUCCCUGAUUUCAGCUCCUCUCACCAGCCAACAGCUCCGGUUUUAAUACUUUUAUCUAUGGCUACAUUUUACUUUUCAAAGCUCUUCUCCAAAGUACGAGUCUCAGAACUCGCCUGUUCUCCAGACCACCCAUAUUGCAGCUUCCCAGGACAGCUUCCUGCCUGCUCCCAGCUCCUGAAUGAGGAUCACUCUUAAAAGUCCAUUUAGCAACACUGCGCAGCAUGAGACCACUGGAGUGAAGUAAAAGUGAGUGAGGGAAUUGCGGGAAUCCAGCGGUGGAGGUGCAGCAUUAAACCAGUGUAGCUUGGCAAAGGCGGGGGGGAGAGAGUAUCUCUCGUCCUGUAGGUCCUCGCUCAUCUCCGCAGUGGCUACGGCCGUGCUAGCAACAGCAAGCACAUACUUUCUCCCCUGUACGCCUCCUUGCUUCUGUACCCUGCAUCACUGAUUGACAAGACAACUCCUGCCUCAACUCUGAGACUAGGGCCUGUUCCAACACGAGCAGUUUCUAACUGAGCUUGGCUAUCUAGUGUGGACAGGCCUAAAUCACAUUGGACUGUGCCCUUGACUCUGUAGGGAGCCAGGCUACUGCCUCUCUCAAAUUGUGUCUAAACAUGGCUCCUCGCUAGCUGUGCUUGUUUGGCCAGCUUGGUUAAGGGGUAGUGCCCCUCAUGAGCGCUGCCCAGCACUCUGAUGCCCUUUGCCCCAGGAAUGCUCAGUGUAGUCUGGAAGGCUUGUGCAGAGUGGCGGCCAUGCCUGACCCUGGUAGCAUGCCAGGCCAAUGGGGGAGUUUCUAGUCUGCUUUGACAAUGGUUGGACAAUCCACCUGACUUUCCUUUGUGACUGUGGAACCACUGGCUAAAGCAGGUUUGAAACUCAUUUCUGGUCUCUCCCGUCGGCCACCCAUGUUGCCUCGGUCCCCAAGGAUCUCCCGCCUUGCCAAGAUGGCUGCCGCCAGCUUGGGACUUGGUGAUUCUCGACAGGCCUCUUAGCUCUGCCUUCCUGGUGAGAGGAGCUGCUUGUGUCCCCCACAGAUACCCAAAAAGCACAUUUUCUCAGCUUAGUUGGUGGCUGGGGGCUGUUUAAAUAAGUCCCAUCACCUCCCCAACCCUGCUCUCAAAUUUCACCCAGAGCCGCAUUGCUGAAACCCCUCACACUAGUGACUGUAUUGGUGAUGCUAAGUAAUGGGUCCCCCCAACCUCCAGUGGCCAUGGCGGUGGUCUGCCUUCCAGCCGAGGAGGCCUAAAUGUGACUCCCUCCCUCAGUGUUCUUUAAUCAGCCAGAGGGGACGCUGUUUAGUCAGAGGAAGCAUUCCCUCCCUGCCCCAAAUUCUGACCCACUCUGCAGGGCCUGAGCAUGUUACUGGUAGAUUCUGCUCAUUCUGUUCUUGGAAGAUGUCAAAGCUCUCUGCCUGAUUCAGCUUCCGCUUAUCCCUGUAGCUCCAUUGGCUUCAAUGUGGUUCCUCAUUCUCACCACCAUGAGAUCAAAACCAGGCCCAGGAUGAACACUUGAGGGCCAAACUCUGAUGGAGCUGGGGAAGGGGUGACUUCAGUGGGAGCUACAAGCAGCCAAGGGCAAUGUGGUCUUUGGGCUGAACUCUGGAGCCCCACAAGCUCUGAGGGGACAUGUCUCGCAGGCCAGUGGGGAUGUUGGUGCUGUGACACAGGUUGCAUCUGGCUCUAGAUACUGCCAGGGGAGGGGUUGCUCACCUGCUGUGUUCCCUAUACCAUGGGGCCCUCCACAUGCAGACCCAGCUUGCUCCGUCCUUGACCUUUCCUGGUCUUCUCACAUCAGCAACCACCAGAAGAGAACAUCCCUUUGUUCUUAUGCUCCAUCCCCGCCUGGUUGGGGGUGGAGGGUGUCUUCCCUCUGCUAGCUUUCCAACCCUGAAUUCUCCGUUCAGAUGGUGGAGCCUAUGGGACACAGGCAUGGGUAGCAUGAAGUCCUUCAGCGUUGGGAUUUCUCCUCCCUCACCUCACAAGAGUCCACUUGAAUGUGACAUUUCCAAGGAGGACACACCCCAGCCUGUGCUCCCUUGGAGUCUGGUGAGGGCUUCUUACUCCUAAAUCACCUGAGCAAGGUGUGUUCUGUUCUCCUGUUGGAAAAGCCACUUCUCUCUCUCUCUCUCUCCCUUCGGCCAUCUGGGCUCCGAGCUUCUUGCUACCCAACGAGCUAAUUGCUGCUGCUUUGUUCGCUUCUUUGGGUUAUGAUCAGUUACUUUAAGGGUGAGAAGUGAAGGUCACACACCUUUUCUCCAUUUCGAGUUGUAUGCCAGGGAGAUGGAGGCUACAGGAUGGUGCUGUAGAUACCCAUGGCCUGAUGCCCUUUGUGGUACAGUUUCAUUGAACUGAGCCUCAAAGAGAUCCUGAGAGUGAUGCUCCCAGGGGGUUGAAGCCACCUUUUUUCUGCUGUGCACUUCCCCAAUCCAGCCACUCUUCUCUUGAGGCUCAGUCUCUCUCUGCUUGGACCAGGAACUCUCAGUGAGUUAUUGGGAUCUUUUUUUUUUUAACCUCUGCAUCUAUCCAGAUCCUGAUUUCAUAAUGGUAGAGGAGGAAGUGUAACCACACAGAUGUAGAUAUCAUUAGGAUGAUGCUGUGCGGAGCUGGCUUGGAGGAAGGGUUGCAGCAUGCUGAUGGACAGCUUGGUGGUGUUUUUGGCCAUGCAUAUGGCGGAGGUGGAGAGGGAAAACUGUGGUUGAAGUGGGGCCUGUCUUUUCCAUCUUUUGACCCAGAUGGUGUACAUGGGUGAGGACAUGGGGAAAGGCACUGUGGUAUGUUUUCAAAGUGGAAGCACUUAGAUAGUAGCUAGUAUAAAAGGAGAGCAGGGAGAGAAGCGUGUAAACCAGUGGAAUAGCAAGCCACGUAAUAAGAGGUGGUAUUGAAGAAAUGGUAGAUCCAGUGGGUUGGUCUGAACAGCUUUCUGCUUGUGCUCUAGUCCCAUAAUUAUCCUGUACAGGGUCCCAAGGACUGAGGCAGAGAAGAAAACUGCUUAGAGGAAGAGAAUCUUUUAUUUGAUGGGUUUCUUAGCCCAUUAUCCUUUCUCAUGUGCACAUACCCCAAGCGAAAGACUGUAAUUAGGGAAGCUUUGAAUAGCCCAUGUCAAUUUCUUCUCUUGAGGAGAUGUGCAUAGUCCUAUGAAAGUCCUGGGACCUGACUAUGAUGGAUGAGACACUGCCAGUAACAGACUUAGGCAAGAUGUUUGUUCAAGCUAGCUGGUAUUUUUUCUUUAAGGCUGGUAUAUCUUUAUUUCCUACCUUACUGCAAACUCGUCAUCCUGUGACCUCCAUCUUCCUGGGUCAGUGGAUCAGCUUAAAAGGAUUUGCUUCAAGGUGUGCCAGGACUAAUGGAUCAGCAGAAUCUGAACUUGUGGGAACGGAUCUGUCAGUGAAGGUUUGUGACAGGGGAUCUUCGGAUGAUGCAUCUUGGCCCACUUUUCUGGACCUACAUACUGCCCUUAAAAGCUAACUAGACAUGCAGUUUCACUGGGAUGAAAUGGAGCCACAGAUACCAGCUGUAGCCAAAACAAAAAUCCAGUGUUACAAGAAAUGAGCUCCUCUGGGGAGGACAUAAACACCGUGCAUGGAGGGGUGAUUGGGACCACCCUUUGGUGUAUAUUUUUAAAACUUCUAAGAACCUCUAACAGGCCAAAUAAGUGUUUGUUUUGCUGAACUUGUUCUAAAAUAUUAUUUAACACCUAAACAAAGGGUCUCGUACAAACAUUUGUUAUAUACUGACCCUUGUAAGAGCAGGUGCGUUCUGAAGCAGACACAUCUCCAAAGAGGGACUGAAGCUUUGUUUUUAAUGUUUUUCUGCUGUGCACAAGGUAUGCGCUCUAAAGUCAGUUGUUCAAGGGGGCAGAAGAGCAGCUGGCUCUGUGCCCAUCUGUGCAGCUUCUCCAUCCCAUCAGACUGCUGCGCUCCCAACUGGAAUAAACAUUGCAAUAACUGAGACUUCCAGAGGUCAAGAACAAAAAAGCUGUGGCGCAAGCACGCACUUCUGUUCUCUCUGAUGUGCUGGCAGAGGCCUCAUUGCCGUUUUGAUGGGCACCUACCUGAGCUGGGAGGAGCCGUCGUCGAAGUAUUAGGCAGUGUGUUCACCUCUACUCCACCCCCAGUAAACACAGAGAUCUACCACAGGUAAAAAAAAGUCUUAGCUGAGUGCAAGGUUCUGUGGUUCACCCCAGUUCUGCCUUCUGCUUCAGGCUUCAUCUUUCUCCAUGAGGCUAGAAAUCCGUGUUUCUCAGAUUGAACUGAGGAGGAGGGUGCCCCUUUGCCCAAGACACUUUCUGAUUCCAUCUGCAUCUUCCUGUGUGUGUGUAUGUGAGAGAGAGAGAGAGAGAGACAGCAGAGGAUUUUCCAAUUCACUUUUCCUCCGGCUGUGUUCCAGGCACCCUUCAUACACGACAGGGCAAAUUGGCAUGGUAGCUGUCUCGCUUGCAGUGCUCCUGAAGGGAACAGUAUAUACAGUGUGUGAAUACAUAUAUAUUGCAAGCAGCUGCAUUUUAUAAAGUCCUACACUAUGAAAAGUACGAGAAUGUGAGGUCUAAUAAAACCAAGUUCAAAAUAGCCGUAGAAACGUAUAAACUUUCUAAUUGCUUCCAAAGUUUUGUCUUUUGUGGAGAAUUUUUCAGCCAUUUUUUUUCUUUCUGGAAACAAUUAGAUUUAAGUCCUUUUUAACUGUGAUUUCCCCCCCCCCUAUCCAUCUAAGAGAGGGAGCAAUUUUUUUUUCCCAUUUGCUUCAAAAGCAGAAUUUGUGCUGAUGUGCAAAACACAACAAGGCUAUUUUUCUGUAACCGGUUGAAUGGAGUGCAUUUAAGCAGUCCUAAGCAUUGUAAAAUGUGUCACUUUUGUAACAACUAUAUACUUGAUUGGAAUUCCACUAGACCUUUGCAUUUUUGUGGUUCAUAUACAGUACUUAGUUUGUUGUGAACACUUAAGCACAUGCACGCUCAGUGUAGCUUGCCUUUACUUUGUAAUUUUUUCCAUUUUUUAAAAAAAAAAGCUUUGUUAUUCUCUUUAAAAUAAUUUAAAACCUGUAUAGUAUUCAAAGCACGCAAUGUAAAUAUUUAUUACUCAGAAGUUAGCGGAGGGUUUUUGUGUGUGUGUGACUAAGUUCUGUUUUUUGGGGUUUUUUGUUUUUUUUUAAUCUUGUUCUAAUACAGAUGUCCCUUUUGGGAUUGGAAGAGAUUUGAGUGUAAGAUGCUGAACCUACCCUGUGUCCUCUUAUUAGAAUGUUUUUUGAUGACUGUUAUAAAUAUCUUUUAAAAUUCUCUGACCUGUACCUUUAGCUUUGAAGAUACCUGUCCAAAGAAUGUGUCCAGUCUGUUUGAGAACUGUUAAUCCUAAAGCGCUAUAAAUUGUUUUUUCCAUUGAGAA